AACCCAUUCGCGCGUAGGUUCUCUGCUGGUGGCGGCAGCUCCGCUGUACUCAAUAGGAGAGGCCCGAACUUGGCCCAGCAAGCGCAUUUGUGUUUAGCAACGCCGCAAGCGAGGCAGCUACUGGGAAAGUUUGGGUGUGAAAUCGUCCCUCUAGAAUCUUGUGGCAAUGUCCAAACCUGUUCCGGUUGCUUUGGGCUGCGAACCAGUCGUGGGUUCCUUGACAUCUUCGAGGAAGAGGGACUACAAGGUCACGAAUCGCCUCCAAGAGGGCAAGCGCCCUUUAUACGCCGUCGUUUUCAACUUCAUUGACUCCUGCUACUUCAACGUUUUUGCUACCGUCGGUGGCAAUAGGGUUACUGUUUAUCAAUGUCUUGAAGGAGGAGUUAUAGCUGUUUUGCAGUCAUACGUUGAUGAGGAUAAGGAUGAGUCUUUUUACACUGUAAGUUGGGCAUGUAACAUUGAUGGGACCCCAUAUGUAGUUGCUGGGGGAUUCAAUGGUAUAAUCCGAGUAAUUGAUGCUGGCAGUGAGAAGAUACACAAGAGUUUUGUUGGCCAUGGGGACUCCAUAAAUGAAAUCAGGACUCAGCCAUUGAAGCCAUCACUUGUGGUGUCUGCAAGCAAAGAUGAGUCUGUUCGAUUAUGGAAUGUACAUACGGGAAUAUGUAUUUUGAUAUUUGCCGGUGCUGGAGGUCAUCGCAAUGAAGUUCUGAGUGUAGACUUUCAUCCAUCAGACAUAUAUCGAAUUGCAAGUUGUGGCAUGGACAAUACUGUGAAGAUUUGGUCAAUGAAGGAGUUCUGGACUUAUGUAGAGAAAUCAUUUACGUGGACAGAUCUUCCUUCUAAGUUCCCCACAAAAUAUGUGCAAUUUCCCGUAAGUAAAAAUUUAUUCAUGUUACAGAUCAAAAUCUAUUAUAACUGUAUCCAAUUUCAGGUGUUCAUUGCUUCGGUUCAUACAAAUUACGUUGACUGUAAUAGGUGGCUUGGUGAUUUUAUCCUCUCAAAGAGUGUUGACAACGAAAUUGUCUUGUGGGAACCUAAAGUAAAGGAACAGACUCCAGGGGAGGGUGUAGCUGACAUCCUUCAGAAAUACCCAGUUCCUGAGUGUGAUAUAUGGUUCAUCAAGUUUUCUUGCGAUUUCCAUUACAAUGCAGCUGCGAUUGGGAACAGGGAAGGGAAGAUUUUUGUUUGGGAAUUGCAGUCAAGCCCUCCUGUUCUCGUUGCAAGGUUGUCUCAUGCUCAAUCAAAAUCGCCUAUUAGACAAACUGCUAUGUCUUAUGAUGGAAGCACUAUUUUGAGCUGCUGUGAAGAUGGGACUAUAUGGCGUUGGGAUGCUGUCGCGAAUUCCGCAACCUAGCUGGUAUUCACAUGAUCCAAUCUUGUGAGCUCCAUAAGAGCUUUAAUUUGAAGCAGAUUUGGUAUGACCAAUCACUGACACGAGGAACAUAGGUUACUUUGCCUUUACACAGUAAUUAUAUGUUAAUGCUGAUUUAGUUGUAUGUCAUAUUGCGACACUUAAUUGAGUUUGUGUUGUAACCUUUUCUGUGACUGGAGUGAUAUCAGGAUAGAGUUAGAUACUUAGAUGUGGUUGCUGGUGGUUGGGAUGCUGGCAAUUUUUCUUGUUAUGCAUGCUAAACAUGGCUCUACAUGCCUUCCUGUUAACGUUGAUCACCAUCGGAUCAAUGAAUAGCAUGUUGCAUAUGGAAAGUUUACGGUCAGCAUAUUUUACCGUUGAAAAUGAAUUUGAUGGAUGCCUUUAAUCAUGGUA